CUCUAGGGCAGCCAAGAUGGAUAAACGAAUGCUCGUGACUAGCAGUAUAUAUUACUUAAUUGGAUUGCAAAUAUUUACGGCAAUCACAGUGUCUCAUGCCGCCCCAUGCACGUCACCGAAAAUAAUUGGGGAGUCUAACCCGAAUAGCGCUACAUCACAAGGCAGAACAGGCGUAUCGUAUAUCAACUGUGGAAACGGCAACGAUGGUUGGUUGUUUGACUGUUGCGGCAGUACCACAAAAUUCACGUUCUACGCGGCGAUUGCCGGAUCCAUAACGCUGCACAUUUGGCGUCCAAAGACCGGAAGUGUGUAUACGUUGGUGGGAAGCAUUACACACACAGCGACAGCAGGAGGGACCAAUACAGUGCCGGCAGUGUUCAGUACCGAAGCAGGAGACUGCAUUGGAUGGUAUUCCGCUGCAGAGAUAAUUCAAUCGCAGAACCGGGCAAGCGUCGCCGACACUCUGCACAUAUCAGUUGCCGCGACUCACCAGUUGUGGGGGCUGACCAAGACUUUGGAGCUGGAACUGUUCUCAGUAACCGCGCGUUUCAAAUAAACGUCGAGCAGACCGCACCGAACAUGCCCGUAUUCGGCACCACGACCUACACUUCUGGAAGCAGCACGAUACUGGACAAUACUGCCGGCGGCGUCUCGAUAGGGACCGUGACAUUCUCUGACGCUGAUGGCGCCAACACGAUUAGCAUCACCAUGGCUGCGAACAGCUAUUUUACUUUCGUUGAUAACGGGGAUGGAACCGGCUCCGUUACAACCACCGCCGACACCAUUAACUUCCCGAUCUCGGACCAAUCCGGAACCACUGUGACCUUGACCUUCACGGCCACGGACACUUGCGGAGCCACAUCGCCGGGAACGAUGCCAAUCAUAGUCCAGAACAUUAAACCGACGCUUACGGGUCUUACGCCAGGCGUAACGACGUCAGAAACCGUCGACGCUGAACGUCAGAUUGCCAGCUACACGUGCUCCGACCCGUCAGACAACGUCACCCCCACAAUAACAGUCAGUCCCAGCGCUUCGCCGGAGUAUUUUGUCACGCGCUUUUUGUCGGGUACAUCAAAAACUGGAGUGUACGAGAUAAUUCUCCCCACCCAGUCGACCUCAUGGCAAUUCAACUACGACACGGUCAACUCGUACACGAUCGUGGUCAAGUGCUCGGACGGCAAACCCUUAGGUACUGCUUCCGCCACCUUGGUGGUCAGUCUGUCUCCAAACCAGCCACCGGAAAUCACCAAUCUGCCACUUGGAAACACAAUUGGGGUAUCGCAGACGAAAUCCAAUGGUGACGUCAUUUAUACUAUUGUAUAUACUGACCCCGAUCCAGACGACACAGUGGGUUUUACAUUUACCUGUAAUCCACCAGGAUGUCCGCUCACAGUACUUGCUUCCGGGGAAGUUCAACUGACAGACGACAUGUCGAACGCGAACGCGAACGGAUAUGACGUCAAGAUCACACCAACUGACAACAAGAAUAACGUUGGAUCGGCGAGGACGCUUACAGUGGUAGUAACAGAACUGAACAACGCACCCGCGUUCUCCAACCUACCACAGAUCGUCCCGAUAGACGAGAACGUCGUCGUCGGUUCCACCGUGUAUACGGCAUCCUUCACCGACCCCGACCUUGUCAACACGCACACAUUUACGCUGGCAGCGUCAGCUUACUUCCAGAUCGCAACACCGACAUCGGGAGCCAUCACCACGAAGUCAGCCAUCAACUAUGAGGCGCUGGGUGGCGUUUAUUCAUACGCUCUGCAGGUCACCGUCAGUGACGGCAUUCUCACGGUGACGUCAACGGUGACGUUCACAAUCAGUGACGUCAAUGAAGCGCUUGUGUGGAACGCGGCGACCUACAGAACCAACGUACAAGACGGAGCGACCGUGGGUACUGUGCUGACUGAUCCUGGAUUUGCCAUCACAGACGAGGAUACCGGGGACACGCACAAAUGCUUCAUGAACUGCGGCGUAUCCGCAGGUUAUUUUUCUAUUAAUACGGCAUGCGCUCUAAGAUUGACGUCAGCAUACAGCCUGGAUGCUGGACUAACCAGUCCAGUCACAUGUAUAGUGACCGCAGUGGACAAGGGGUCGCACACUGCCACGACCACUCUUAGCAUCACCAUAGACGACGCCAACAACUAUUCGCCGGCGUUUUCUCAAAGCUUCUACGGAUUUACGGUGUCGGGAUACGCCGGAAGUGGUACAUCGGUCGGCAUCGUCAAUGCCACCGACGCCGACAUUGGGACGUUCGGAACGUUCUCGUACACAUUGAAUACAACCGCAUUAAAGGGCAACUACUUCACGGUGAACAGUGCGACUGGCGUUAUUAGCCCCACAGUUAACUUGUUGACCGUCUGCAACUGCUCCGGGAGCGCCCUCUCCAUGACAGUGACGGCGACGGACAAGGGCGGCCGCACCGGAAGUUCACAAGUCGUCGUGUACGUUUCCGAGGCUACCACUACCCCUACAACUACCACUACAGACAGAUAUAGAACCUUUUUCGAGGACACCAGGAACAUCGCGUGGUUCUCGGUGGCUAUGGUUCUCCUAGCAGUGAUAGCGGUGGUCACACCUUACGUUAUGGUCAGAUACGUUUGCCAAGGCCCCGCCCUUUGUAAAAACCCUUGCAGACAAAGACACUAUUUCCGGCAUAUGCGCCCCUAUAAUCCGAAGCCCCGGGAGGUGUUCAACUCCUCACCGCGACCGCCACCAAGACCACAGCCUUUACAAACCAUUCGGAAACCUCCCCCACCCAAAGACAACCAGUUUUGGCGGAGUGAGGAAAUCAGACUUUAAUGACGUGAUGAGGAACGUCAAGCAUUACGUCUCAGCGGACAUAACGACUGGCAUGAUUUCGAUUCAUAUAAGCAGUCCUAUGGUGUUUUUAAAGCUUGUGUUAAGUUACUUCUAAAGAACCUACUUAUGCAAAAACAAAAAUUGUACCAACCUUAAACUGGCAUGCCCAGUCAUGCUACCAUGAAUUAUCGCGAACCAAUCGCGAUUCUUAAUUGUUUUUAUAAAAUUUGAGUCACCUUGCAUACGUAACUUUUAUGGAAAUCAAACCGAGUAAUAUAGCAAAGUGCUUAGUUACUAAGGUACUCGACAUAGUUUGCAUAAAAAUCUAUGCUAUACUGUUCACACUCUUUUAUUACAUAUGUUUGUUUUGUUACUUCACGAUGACCAUUCUUUCAUUUAUCUAUUGAUAUGAU